AUGCUGCUGGAGGUCUUUUCCUUUUUGGAUGUACCUUCUCUCCGUGCCUUGAUGGCUGCGAACCGAACAAUUCGGUACCUCCUUACAGCUGAAGAUGGUCAUUCUAUAUGGGCAUCACAAACAAGCAGACUUUUCGGGCCGGAGCAUUCACAAGCUCUCAUGGCACCAUUUCUCUGUCUGAAGGACGACCUCAAGAUCCCAAAUGCAAGUGCACUGCCGAAUCCAUAUCCAAGAUACAACGGAGUCAACCUCCCAUUCCUUCUUUCGAAAAUACCAAAGAAUCUACCGUCAACAAUGGCAGAAGUGAAUCCACAAGGGAAUAAUGAUGUAGUUAGCCAUACUGGAAUCGAAUGCGUCUGUGCAAUGAGAGCUAAUCAUCCAUUGCCACGUCCAACUCUCAUCCGUUCCAAACCAGCUACUUUUAUUGGAAAGGCCAAGAAUUUUUUCUCUCGCAAGGUACCAAGAUGGAGUUCCUUUGUGGCUCCAUACAAAAUGACCGAUGCGAUUAAUGUCACACCAAGACUCGUGUCUUACUUUGAAAUCACCAUCAUAGAUCAAAGGAAUGAUGAUGAUUCCAAACGACGACCAUGUCACGGUUGCGUCGCUAUCGGACUCGCAGAAGAGUCGACCGAGUGCGACCAAUCGACUCUUCCAGGAUGGGACGGGGUGAGUUAUGGAUACCACAGUGACAACGGUGGUUUGUACCACUUCUCAGGUCACCUUCUGAGAUACGCACCAACGUUUGGUGCUGGAGAUACAGUGGGAAUGGGAAUCGACUACGCCGCAAGGGGUAUUUUUGUAACCAAGAAUGGAAAGUUUUGGGGCUAUGCUUCUUACAAAUUGUCUGUGAACUACCUGUCCAAAACCAACUUUUAUCCUGUCGUGGGGAUGGACUCGAACGAAACAUCGGUUUCAGUGAACUAUGGAAAUGUCGAAGAGAAAUUUCAAUUUGACCUGUCGUUGUACUGUAAUUAUCAACAGCAUUGUAUGUCAAAGAAGGAUAGAAUUGCUCGACGAUUUCAAUUUAGUUCUUGA